UCACUCCACGUAGUGGGGGCGAAGCCGUGUUUGCGGCAUUGUCAACUAACACGAAGUUCUUGUGACAAGAAGCGAGAGCUCCAACUGCAUUACUGCUUCAGCAUGGCCUGCCCUUCACACUAGCUAGCUGGAUCGGAUAAAAAGGCUCUGGUUUUUCGUUCAUUCCCUAGGCUUUUGUCCCUGCAAUACCUGUUCCCCAUCGCAAUAGUCAUACUCUAUUAAACAUGCCCCAAACAACCGUCUCCAGAUGGCUUCCCAAAGACCGAGCAGCUGUUGACAGAUUCGUGGGCAGAUACUUCGAGCGUAGUCGUCUUAUCCAUGGACGUAUCCCUAAAACCGGCGCGCGUUUUGCGGAGGCAGGGGAGAAGCUGGAGACAGCGUUAAACAGAUCCGGCAUCGACUUCGACCCCCGCCAACUGCGGUGCCACUACCGCGUCGUCGGCGGCGACAGGCAAAUCGUUUGUACUAUCCGCAAUCUUGACGAUAUAGUGCUGGACUUCCUGGAUUUCAUUGAGAAGGAGCCCGUGGUCCGCGAUGCAUUCAACGCGAUGUUCGAGCAAGCUCCCCCGCCUACUCCGGGCACGGGUGAAGCAGAGAUCAAGGACUAUAGAGACUUAUUGGAGAUGUUCGAUACGAUCCUAACCACAGCACCUUCCCAUGGCGGGGACAGUGCCAGCGAAAUGGCGGCGUCUGUUCCCUUUUACGCUGUCAUUUCACGUUUCUGCAACACUCCUGCGGGCUACGUCGCGUUCACCCACCCUGGAGUCAAUAAGAAAUUGUACAGGCUGUUCAUGAAAUGGAACGAGUUCCUCACGUCGCCGGCAUCCAAGAGAGUCAUUCACGACGGAGUCGGUGGCUGGCUCAGCGCCGAAGCACUCAGUGAGAUUGUCGAGUACGCUGGCGGAGACCCUACGCAGCAAAGCUUUGAACACUUCUAUAUUUGCGAUACCUCGGAUCCUCAUUACGGUUACAAGUCUUAUGACGACUUCUUCGUCAGGGAGUUGAAAGCCGUCCACCGUGCCGUGGUUCAUCCUGAUGACCCAGCGAUCGUCAACUCUGCAUGCUCGUCUACCGUCGACCGGUUCUACCAGGACCUCAAGAAGACCGAGAGAUUUUGGCUCAAAAAUACACCCUACUCCCUCAACCACAUGCUCGCAGGAGACGAGUUUGUCGACCAAUUCGUCGGCGGGAGUCUUAUCCAGGCUAUGCUUGCAUCUCUUGACUAUCACCGUUGGCGCAGUCCCGUAAAUGGUACCGUCGUAAAGACACGCCUCAUUGCGGGCAUGAAUCAUCCUAACCAACCGCCGCCUACCUACUUCGCGGGUCGCUGGGACGAUGAGUUAGACCCAGACGUUAUCACCCGCUCGCAGGACUUCGUCACGGCCAUAUCUAGCCGUGCUUUGAUUUUCAUCCAGGCCGAGGAGCCCGUUGGUUUGAUGUGCUUCGUGGGUGUUGGCUUAUGCGAGGUGUCGACUUGCGAAAUUACCGUCAGGGAGGGCCAGAAGCUCAAGAAGGGAGAUCAGUUGGGCAUGUUCCACUUCGGAGGAUCUACCCACUGCCUCGUUUUUCGCGGUGGCCUGACCGUGACGCCGAUCCCGCAGCCUGGCAAGGACGAUGACGGUAACGCCAUCGAAGUGCCAUUGGUAGGAUCCAAGGUGCGAGUUGGCAAAGACAUCCUCACUGUAGCAAAGACGGCUUGAAAUAAUAGUUCCGAUCGCGUGUUCAUGUAAACCUACAAACAGUAUCAUGUCUCGAUCGCCCGUGUGUACGAUAGCAAAAUUGAAUCAGUGUCUUGACGUGUUUGCAUACGAUGUAACAUUUCAGGCCUUACGCGUUGCGUGCUAUCUUUCUGUAUCUCAUUCCACUGUGGUGCAAACAACGUGGGGUGAAUGGAAAUGAGUUGGAC